AUUCAAUUUUGUUCUUUAAAUUUCGUUUAUUAAAACCAAGCGUUCGCUAUAACCGGUGCUUGUGUUGUUGUAGCCGAGUUUGACUGCAGUUCGAUUUACUUGUGGUGGAAGCUCAAAUCGUAACUGUACCUACUUCGAAUCUCCAGGAUAUCCAAAUUACUAUCCCAAUGACACAAUGAUUUUACCACCAGGUGGAUCCAAUGGUGAUAAUAAUAACACCGUUGACCCUCGUCUUCGAUGGCGCUUCCACACUAUAAGAUUAUCUAAACAAUUACCCGCGUUUUCUUGCAAUUUGAACGUCUUCAAGGCGUCCAGUAACAUCAAAAUGCUUCGAAUUGAUUUUUUGGAUUUUGAGUUAAAUGGGCCCAUAAAUGGUACCUGUACUGACGAAAGAUUUGUUAUAAUGGGUGAAAAUGAGAACGACAUUAUUCCAGAACUUUGCGGCUUCAAUACUGGCCAGCACGUAUACGUAGACGUUUCGCAAGUCUCUAAAGAUUCUCCCAUACAAUUCAGUAUCCUAGCCAACACACUGCAGCGUAGACGAUUUAGAAUCCGAAUUUGUCAGAUAGCCGAAAACUGCCCCACUCUCCAAAAUUGUUUGCAAUAUUUUACGGGGUUGCAAGGCGUUAUUUCUACCUUCAAUUAUGACCAAACAGCUGCAUACAAUAGAAGUUAUCCGGGAUAUCUCGUAAGUAUGCAAGAUAAAUACAAAUCAAAGUCAAUUAAUUAGUAAUAACUUUAGCAAAACGUAUAGAAAAAAUUUAUUUAUGCUGUACUACGAAACUGUGACCGCGCAAGUCUUCACAAAAUCUCAAAACACGUACUACAUAAUAUACAUAUACAGGGUAUUCCACUUAAAGCGGUUUCGUCCAUAACUCUGUUACUAUACUUUUAAUAAAAAAAAAUGUUUUUAUCAAAGUGAAUUGGAAUCAUAUGGUUUAUAUACAGAAAGUAGUUUUAGUUACACAGGGUGUUCGAUUUCUUCUAAAUUUUACAUUUUGGCUUCUUUCCAUUCGAAAAACAAAAAGUUAUUCGUCUUUUAAGAUUGUCAAAAGUAGACUUCGAUAUUUCCGGCUAUAUGGUUUAGAUGCUAUUUGGUCUCAUUGAAACAGUUGAAAUCAUAAGUUUUUUCAAAAACAUUUGAAUAUCUCCAAAACUACUACAGAUAUAUG